AUGGCUGCUGCUGCUACUACUACAAGCUAUCCAUACACAAGCCAAAACUCAUCUUCUCAAAGAUCAGUGGCCAUGGUGCUUGCUCUAGUAUCUGCAAUUGUUCUUUCACCUAUCUAUACAAACCCUAGAAAAAGCAGUGAUGCACGAUACCAUGAAGCAAAAUGGAGCUCUGGGUUUGUUCUUCCCAUGAUUCUUGCCGGACUUAUCAUUGCCAUCAAAACCACUUCUUCAUCAUCAUCGAGUUCGUCAGCUUCUUCGUUGUCGUCGACUCGAGGAUAUUCUUCUAUUCCUUCUUCUGAUCCUUCGUGGGUUCUGAGAAUUGGGAGCUCGUCCUGGGGGCUUGCUGGGGUUUUGGUGAUGCUAAUGUUUGUGCUUUCUUGGCAAGGUUCUGUUCAUGAAUUCUUGUGGAGAUAG